AUGGAUCGGCGUCUCCGCGACUUCUCCAUCGAUUCGAUCCUCUCCAGAAGGCCCUCCAGAAGACGUGACAUGAUUUGCACGUCUUCCGACGGUCACAUCAUCCGUGUCUUCCUCCAAUCCAGCAGUCUCUGGAGACGUUUCCAUUCGCUCGGAACCGAAAUGAUUGUGACCAAGAGCGGAAGGUACCGUACCCGCCGGUUGAGAUUACAGCUACAGUGACCCUCCUCCCUUCCAGACGAAUGUUUCCGACCCUUUCGGUCCUCAUGACCGGCCUGGAUCCCGUAAAAAGCUAUGUGGUUAUGGUGGAUUUGGAGUGCAUCGAAAUGAAACGAUUCCGAUACUCAUUCCAUCAGAGCAAGUGGAUCUCCACAGGACCAGGUGAGCCAAAGGGACCGCCGUAAGCAGAAUCCCCCCAGUUGGUUUCAGGAGAAAGUGAGCUGCCGAGCCGGAUGUUCGUGCACACUGACUCUCCGGCGAGAGGAUCCCACUGGAUGAGGGCUCCGAUCAGUUUUGACAAAAUGAAGCUGACGAACAAUCAGCUGGACAAUAAUGGACAUGUGAGUGGGAAAGCGGGACCUUCUUAAGUUGGAAUUUCGUUUUUCGGUUGCAGUCGGAAACUUUGAGUGUGUCAAAUACCUUGUACUUUACUUUUGUAGUUGAUCACAUUUUUGUACGAUCACUCUAAAGACAGCUGUAGCUUCUUGAACUUCCACGAGCAAAAAUAAAGUACAACGUAUGAAGAUUACACAUAACAAUUUCUGGAUCAACUGGAGAACGUUCGACGUUGAAUUUUACAAUUUAAUAUUUAAAAUGCCCCUUUUGAACUGAACUUUGCACUCUCUUAACUAGGCAGUAAGUUGGCCAAACGGGAUCUGAACUACACGAGGCAAACGCUGUUUUCAUGAAGAUUUCGAAAAUAACAUCAAUUUUUUUGCUAAAUGACUCCGUGCUUCGAAAGGAAAACGCAUUUGAAACGGAAAGAGCAAAUCCUCAUUUCCAACCGUUUUGUUCAUUCAUAUUCUGGGUUAGACUCACCCUCGGAGCGUCCAAAACGAUUUUUCGGUACAUUUUAGUCAAAGGGAUUCAUUUUUUCUCAUGAACAUUACUUUCAAGUCAUGUUUGUCCGGUUCUGAAAGAUCAACUUUUCUUAAGAUUAUUCCCUUGUUAGCCGUUAUUGUCUGCUGAAAUGAACAGAACGUUUUUUUCUUCAGAUAAUAGUCAAUUCGAUGCACAAAUACCGUCCCCGCGUGCAUGUAAUCGAACAAGAGGACGCUCAAAAGAGGCACACUUUCUCGUUCGACGAGACCGAAUUCAUUGCAGUGACGGCCUACCAGAACCAUCGGGUUCGCCCACUUUCAGUCCCUUUCAGCUCACUCUCUCUUCCAGAUAACGAGCCUGAAAAUCGAGUCGAACCCGUUCGCGAAAGGGUUCCGCGAGUGCGAAGUUCAGGGAGAACUCGGAGGAACGAACGGAGCCGCCGCCUCUUUUCAAUCCGUUUUCCCCCUCAUUUUUCCCUUUUUCGCGCAUUUGACUGGUACCGCCGGAGUCGGCCAUUCGAUUGAGAAAUGA